AUCACUACUUUGUUGACGUUGCUCCGGAGUGCGCGUGCGACUGCUGUGGUUGGUUAUUACGCGUAAAUUUCGAUCUUUACUGAGAUAAUGGAGCGCUGGGUCGGCAAGACUGCGGUGGUGACAGGCGCUAGUGCGGGCAUCGGGGCGGCGGUGUGCGUUGCGCUAGCUGACGCCGGGAUGAAGGUCGUCGGCCUCGCGAGGAGAGCGCCGUUAGUUGAGAAACUGCAGUCGCGCGUAACAGGCAAGGGGAGUAUAGUGGGCAGACAGUGCGACGUGUCGCAGACAGGCGAGGUCGCGGCAGUGUUCCAGUGGGUGGACGACACGCUCGGCGGGGUGGAUGUCCUCGUCAAUAAUGCUGGCGUCUUGUUUCAUGGGGGUAUGACUGACGUAAGUCCGAAGCCAACGCCAGAAGAGAAUCUGUUGAAAUGCAUUGACGUGAACGUGAAAGGUGUGGUGUUGUGCACACGCCGCGCUAUCGCCUCCAUGCGUCGGCGCGGCGUCGCCGGACACAUUGUCAAUAUUAACAGUAUUGCGGGCCACUACAUUCCCUUCGACUCGAUGUUCAACGUGUACCCGGCGAGUAAGCACGCCGUCACCGGCAUCACCGCGUCUCUUGAGAACGAGCUCUGCGACUUCGGCAGCAAGAUCAAAACAACGAGUAUAUCCCCCGGGCUGGUGGCCACGGACAUGGUGACUGCCGAGUUGGACGGCGCCCCGCUGACGGCGCCGGCGCUGCGGCCCGAGGACGUGGCCGAGGCCGUGCGCUAUGUUGUAUCCACCCCGCCCGCCGUCAACAUUAACGAGUUAACCAUUACGCCUGUCGGUGGAAAACGGCUUUGAGACCUCGGAAUGGAGAAACAAAUCUU